GGCAGUCCGCUCAGGCGUCUCUCCACCGCAGUCAGUCCGUCAGCCGCUCGCGUCACAGGAACUUCGAGAUGUGCCGCUCCCGUUGUCACGCCGUCCCGGCGCUCCUCGCGACGCUCGCCUUCACCGCCACUCUUGCCGCCGACCCCGACCUCAAGAUAGAGAAGAUGUACGAACCCGAGGUGUGCGAUAUCAAGUCGAAGAACGGGGACAUGCUGACCAUGCACUACACCGGCACGCUGCAGGACGGCACCAAGUUUGACUCGAGCCAGGACAGGGAACAGCCCUUCACGUUCCAGCUUGGGGUGGGCCAGGUGAUCAAGGGUUGGGACCAAGGCCUACUGGAUAUGUGCGUAGGUGAGAAGCGCAAACUGACCAUCCCUCCAGAGCUGGCAUACGGCGACCGUGGAGCUGGCAGUGUUAUACCAGGAGGAGCGACACUGACAUUCGAAGUGGAGCUGAUCAACAUUGGAGACUCAGCACCGACGACAAACGUGUUCAAAGAGAUUGAUGCUGACGAGAACAAGCAACUGUCGCGAGAGGAGGUGAGCGAGUACCUGAGAAAGCAGAUGGUGGCAGCGGGCGAGAGUGAGGCCAGCGACGAAGUCAAACAGAUGCUGGAGGACCACGACAAACUUGUUGAGGAGAUCUUCCAACACGAGGAUAAAGAUAAGAAUGGGUUCAUCUCACACGAAGAGUUCUCCGGUCCCAAGCACGAUGAGUUGUGAGCCACUGCCGAAGAGUCCUUAGCUCAAAACCUGUUAAUAUUGUACAUAUCAACUACAACGAACAGGAGCAAACUUCCUAUCUUGUAGCGUGAUCAUUGACUUUUAUUUCAACUGCAUAUAUUUUAUCUAUUUUUUACUAAAGUUGUUGAAGGAAGUAGCUUCAAAUAUUUAUACCACGUUUUGUUUCAAAAGUAGCAAUAUAAAUUUGAUACAAUUCUACUUGUGUUUUUGUUUUAUAAAUUAUAAAUUUGAAAAUAUUAUUUAUGUUAUGUCAGAUAUCUAUUUGAAUCCUGUGUGAUAGUAAUUUUUUACAUAAAUAUAACUAUUGUAAUACAUAACUAAUGGAAUAUACUAUUACAUUUGAAUGUGCUUUUAAUUAAAAACCUAUAAAAAUUUAACAACCAUAUCGAACAAAGUGUAAUGCAAAUAAUUAAUUUUUUUCGUUAAAGUUUGUAAAAGUUUACAUUAAUUUUUGCAAUCUAGUGUCAUUUAUAAUUUAUAGUACAAGUUUCGUGAAACACAUAUGUGCUAACGAUUCAAGUAUAAUAUCAAACUGUUACAUUAAUAUACGGGUACUAAACUUUAUAUACGCAUUUACAAAGUAUUCCGAAAAUAAUAAGUAAAUAUUCAACUAAGAGUUAUGUAGCUGUGUUUUUAAAACACAAUCUAAAGAAGAUUGUUACUACUGUAUCUAAAAUGAAGAACUUCAUUCCUGUUUUGUAUGUAAAGUUUCAACUUAAGACUGUUUUGCUAUAUUUAAAUAAUUUUAUACAGUGUAAAAAUGUACUUUAGAUGUAGCUUGUGAUAAGUGUAUAAUAAGAGGAUUGUGUUGUUAAACAUGGUUACUGGUUUAAUAGAUUUUGUUACUAAAACUCCUUUCAAAGGCUCAAACCA